CAGCCCGGGCUCAGCAUCUCGACUCUGCAGCGUAACGCAUUGGAGGCCACCGAAAGAGGCCACCAUGAGCUGCCUGGGGAUCUUUAUCCCCAAGAAGCACCGGGCACGCUUCGACGAGGUGGUGUCGCAGGGUCUGUUAGGCAAGCUGUGCCGCGCUCGGAGGGCUCAAGGCGCACAGCGUUUGCGCCGGAGCCGCAGCGAGGAGCGUCCCGAGCGCCUCCUAGUGUCCACGCGCGCCAGCGCCGCGCCACGCCGUCCUGAUGAGCCGCCCCCACGCAAGGCGGCCUCGCUGCUGGGCGGUCGUACUGGCCCUGGGGGCCCUCGCAGGACUGUUCGAGUCUACAAGGGUAACAAGAGUUUCGGCUUCACCCUGCGCGGCCACGGACCGGUCUGGAUUGAAUCUGUCUUGCCUGGCAGCCCCGCUGAAAAUGCCUCCCUCAAGUCAGGUGACCGGAUCCUCUUCCUCAAUGGACUGGACAUGAGGAACUGCUCCCACGACAAGGUGGUGUCCAUGUUGCAAGGCAGUGGCGCAAUGCCCACACUGGUGGUAGAGGAAGGACCGGUCCCUUUUGCCAGCGAUUCAGAUUCUUUGGAUUCCCCGACCGGGUCGUCGGCUCUCACAUCGCUGCAGUGGGUGGCAGACAUCCUCCCUUCCAGUAUCCGAGUGCAGGGGAGGACCUUCAGCCAGCAGCUGGACCACCUCCUCACUCCUCCUGAGCGCUAUGGAGUCUGUCGGGCUCUUGAGAGCUUCUUCCAGCACAGGAGCAUCGAUACCCUCAUUGUUGACGUGUACCCCGUUCUGGACACACCUGCUAAGCAGGUGCUCUGGCAGUUCCUCUACCAGCUGUUGACCUACGAGGAGCAGGAGCUGUGUCAGGAGAAGAUCGCAUGCUUCCUGGGCUACACAGCCAUGACAGAACCUGAAUCAUCACUAGACCUGGAACCAGAGUCCACACCAGAGCCCACACCAGAGCCACAACCACGGAGUUCCCAGAGAGCUUCUUCCAUGUGCCGCCGCAGCCUGCGCUCCCAGGGCCUGGAGGCCAGCCUCAGCUGUGGUCCUGGUGAUUGCCCUGAGAUGCCUCUACCUCUGAUCCCAGGCGAGCGUCAGGCUGGCGAUGGCACAUCCCUUCCGGAGACCCCCAACCCCAAAAUGAUGUCGGCCGUCUAUGCGGAGCUUGAGUCGCGCCUGAACAGCAGCUUCAAAGGGAAGAUAGGGACUGUGUCCAAAUCCCGGGCCUCUCCGCCAGUCCCCAGCCUGGUAGGCACAGCAGGACCCAGGACCCUGUCUGGAGUCUCGUGGCCCAGCGAGCGGCUCCUGCCAUCCCCCUGCUAUGACCCGCUGUGCUCUGGGGGUCUGGCCUCCCCCAGCAGCUCGGAGUCCCACCCCUACGCCAGCUUGGACAGCAGCAGGGCACCCUCCCCACAGCCAGGCCUUGGAUCCAUCUGCCCCGACAGCCCCCCAAGCCCAGAACCCAUCCGGCCACCCAGUCGCAGGAAGCUCUUCGCUUUCUCACGCCCCGUGCGGAGCAGAGACACAGACCGCUUCCUGGAUGUGCUGAGUGAGCAGCUGGGUCCCCGGGUCACCAUUGUGGAUGACUUCCUGACACCUGAGAAUGACUAUGAGGAGAUGAGUUUCCAUGAUGACCAGGGCAGCUUUGUGACCAAUGAGAGAAGCAGCGCUAGCGACUGUGUCAGCAGCAGCGAGGAGGGCAGCUCUCUGACCUACUCCUCCAUCUCCGACCACAUCCCCCCGCCCCCACUCAGCCCACCACCGCCCCCGCCCCUGCCUUUCCACGACUCCAAACCCAGCUCUCGCACCCCCGAUGGUCCCCGAGGUCCUCCUCAGUCAUUGACCAAACCCCUCAACCAACUUAGCCACCCAGUCCCACCCCCGCCUCCGCCACCCCUGCCCCCACCCGUGCCAUGCGCACCCCCCAUGCUAUCCCGGGGCAUGGGCCACCGCCGAAGCGAGACCAGCCACAUGAGUGUCAAGCGCUUGCGCUGGGAACAGGUGGAGAACUCAGAAGGCACUAUCUGGGGCCAGCUUGGGGAGGACUCUGACUAUGAUAAGCUGAGCGACAUGGUGAAAUACCUGGACCUGGAGCUCCACUUCGGCACCCAGAAACCUUCGAAGCCAGUGCCCGGCCCCGAGCCCUUCAGGAAGAAGGAAGUGGUGGAGAUCUUGUCCCACAAGAAGGCCUACAAUACCUCCAUCCUCCUAGCUCAUUUGAAGUUGACCCCUGGCGAGCUGCGGCAGGUGCUCAUGAGCAUGGAGCCAAGGCGCUUGGAGCCGGCGCAUCUGGCGCAGCUGCUGCUUUUCGCUCCCGACGCCGACGAGGAGCAGCGCUAUCAGGCUUUCCGCGAGGCUCCGGGCCGCCUCAGUGAGCCGGACCAGUUUGUCCUGCAGAUGCUGUCAGUUCCCGAAUACAAGACUCGCCUGCGCAGUCUACACUUCCAGGCCACCUUACAGGAGAAGACAGAGGAGAUACGAGGCAGCCUCGAGUGCCUGCGACAAGCAUCCCUGGAGCUCAAAAACAGCCGGAAACUGGCCAAGAUCCUGGAGUUUGUGCUGGCCAUGGGUAACUAUCUCAACGAUGGACAGCCCAAGACCAACAAGACUACCGGCUUCAAGAUCAACUUCUUGACAGAGCUAAACUCCACCAAGACAGUGGACGGGAAGUCCACCUUUCUGCACAUCCUUGCCAAAUCACUAAGUCAGCACUUCCCUGAGCUCCUGGGCUUUGCCCAGGAUCUGCCCACUGUACCCCUGGCUGCCAAAGUGAACCAACGAGCCCUGACUGGUGACCUGGCAGACCUCCAUGGCACUGUCAGUGAGAUUCAGGUGGCCUGCCAGAGCAUGUCCCCCUCCAGUGAGGACAGGUUUGCUGUGGUCAUGACAUCCUUUCUGGAAACGGCACAACCAGCUCUGCGGGCGCUGGACGGGCUGCAGCGGGAAGCCAUGGAAGAGCUAGGGAAGGCUCUGGCCUUCUUUGGAGAGGACUCGAAGGCCACUACCUCAGAGGCCUUCUUUGGAAUCUUUGCAGAAUUCAUGAGCAAAUUUGAGAGAGCGCUCAGCGACUUGCAGGCAGGGGAUGGCCCGCGCAGCUCCGGGAUGGUUUCACCCCUGGCCUGGUGAUAGCCGCCACCAAGCAUCUUCUGCAGUCUGAGCAGGGAGGCUGAUGCUGGAGGCUGCAACCCCCGAGGGAUGCCACAGGUUUCAGGGUACUUGAUCAUGCAGCUCGGCUGCAGGAAGGGCUUGGGUGCGGUGGGGUCCGCAGCCACGUAUCUCCGGCUACCUCAGCUGCUGAGCUCCGCCUGGCCCUCUUCUGCCCAUCCUCCUCCGUCUCCCAGACAGCCUGCCUGGCUUCCCAUGGCCACACCCUGCCUCGAUGCCCACAAUAGUGAAUAAAAUGCUGCUGUGUGUCA